AUGGCGAGGGACAGUGACGGCGACGGGUUGGGCGCCAACCAAUCAAAAAAGCCACCCGCCGCCUGGGUUGACUUCGACGAACCACAGCAGCAGCCUCCGCAGCAGCAUCACCGAGUAAAGAGCCAGAGGCACAUGGUUGGCGGUGCUGCAGGAGGGCGUCUUCAUGCGCGGAUCCCCUCAUCGAAAGGUUUCCCAAAACAUCACACGACAGCCACCGCAAAGACGAAUCGCAAGCACGGAUCCCUCUCCCCCGAACGCGGAACUGGCGCUGCUCUGGCGUCUCAUCACCACCGUCGCGCGACCUCGGAAUUGAAAUUGUCGACACGCGACCCGUCGUCAACCAAUUUGAAGAACACAUCCUCGACCAACCUCAAAAAGAACACAUCACAAACCAACCUGCUGAAGCGAAAUCGCUCGCACGCCGAGGUCACCAAAAGGACAAAGUCCGCCACGAAUCUCCAGCGAUCACUCUCCAAUCCGGCAGUCCACAAGUUACGGUCUUCUGGAACUGCCAAGGUCCAAUUCAAUCUCGCUGACGACGACGACCAGGACGAGGCCCAGGACGACGAAGACGAGUGGGUGGAUGCCAGCUCAUCUGCCUCACCUCUCCUCUCUCGACGCGGCUCAGCUGUCAGCUCUGCGCACACGGCCAACCCAACCGACGACGAGGAAGACUCGGUCGUCGGAUCGCCGACGCCCCGCGCUGAAGUCCAUCGGACUUUGAGUAACGGAGCACAGAGUGAGGCACACAUUGACGCGCGUACCAGCACUCACGACGCGCCACAAAGCACCGACGGCAGCCUGCCUCGCAACAAAUCUAACUACCUCACGUCUCGAAUCCUCUCCCGAACCUCAUCACACGGCGCACCGCCCAUGAUGUCUGCCGAAACCGCGUCUGCCCGACCGCCAUCGAUACGGCAGCAGUCACCGCCCGACUCGAGCCCUAGUCCAGCACAAUACCUCUCGAAUACUCCAGGUACCGCUGGAUCUUCCCAGGUCCGACCGGGUAGCAGUGGCAAGGCAGAGCUCACUUCCAGAUUUGUAGGGAAUAACAGCCAGGAGCCCGGUUCUGGGAUAGCGGGCGAGUCAUUUAUCCUAGCUGCCAACAGAGGUGGUCUUUCCCGGGCCGCGUUGAACGGGACGGAUGAUGUUAGUGUACCCAAACGGCGGCAGUCACUCGGCGCGUUGUCACAAGCCCGAGGCAUCGAUGCUAUCAACGCACGUCGGGCAGCGGCAGCAGCGGCCGGGGAUGGGAGCGACGACGAUGAUGACGAAGAAGAGCUCACCACGCGGAGAACUCGCUCCCGGCGGAGCGGUGACUACGCUGCGCCCCGCGAGAUGAACCGAACUCAACAGAAGUUGAACCUCCAGCGCGCCAGUUCCAGCCUCGAGCCAACACAGGCACGUCCCGGCAUUGGAAUGGGAAUAGGCCCAUCAGGCGUCGCGGCCGGCGCCGUGGGAGGUUCGAGCUCGUACGACUCCAGAGACCCGCGGGUAACCAAGACCUUGGAGCGGACCGGCAUGGAGUACCUCACUGUGCGCCGCCACCUCAACCCCGUGGCCCGGUCGAUCGCCCGCGUGAUGCAGCUUCCGGGGUUCGAUAAUAGCCGCCGCAUUCCGCGCCCAGGCACCGCCUCGUCCUACCACGUCUCACGCCUGUCUGAACAGGUACCGGUGACGCGCAGCUCCAGCAUGACCGACCUCAUCAAUGGCCACGGCCACAACGGCGGACACACGAACGGGGAUAGGAAUGGACGACGGCCUCCUACCCCUAGGAGCGGCGGUGGUGGAAGCGUCUUUUCAACCCUGCAAAGUGCAAGCUCGAGUCUAGGAACCGAUGGUGAAAAUGACGAGGACGUUCCAACCCGGAUCCAUGAACGACCCGGCCUGCCCAGACACAACCAUGUUCUUCGCAAUGGUCAUGGUCCUAACAGUCAUCACGCCCACAACGGACACAACGGUCAUAACGGACACAACGGUCAUAACGGACACAACGGUCAUAACGGACACAAUGGCCACGGACUGAGCGGGUCGAGUUUGGUAGAUGGCGCCGAGGAUGCCGGCACAGUGGCGCUACUCCGGAUGAUGUGGGAGAAGAACGUGGACCUGAGCGCAAGCCAAGAUUAG